GAUCUCCCGGCGCACGAUUUGAGUGUUGGUCUCGACAGGGAAAGGGAUUUUAACUGCCGUCUCGUUGUAGGCUUCCUUCUCAAUUCUCAUCCUCACGAAGUGCGACAUCUCAACCCCCGAAACUGCAAAGUCAGCUGCGGCAUUUAGUGCUCUCCCUUUUCCACUCUCUUCCCUCCCUUAAUAACACCCACGCGCCCACUACCUCCCCACCGUCACCGCCACCCCUUCUCCUCCUUUCCCACCGCUACCACCUUCCCUCCUCCUCCGCCACCACCACUCCCACCAAUGUCGAAGCCGCUCCGCCUCAAGUUCCACCUCUGCUUCCUGCGCUCGAAGAAAUCCGGCCACGAUCACGACCCCCGCGGGGACGUUGCCAACCUUCCCUUCGAUUCCGAUUCCGACACUCCACCGGAGUUCACCUCCAAAUCCGUCACCACCCACUCAACCGCCUCCUCUUCCUCCUCCUCCUCCCUUCCCCUCGACCUCGCCAGCGCCCUCUCCUCUCGCCGCUUCUUCUUCUCCUCCCCCGGCCGCUCCAACAGCCUCAUCGACGACGACUCCAAGCUCCCGCCUCCUGUCAAGACCGCGCCCGAGGCUCUCAACGGCGGCGUCGCCGUCCUGGCCUACUCGCCGGACCCUUACCGCGACUUCCGAGCCUCGAUGCAGGAGAUGGUGGAGGCUCAGGAUCUCGACAUCUCGGCCGACUGGGGCUACCUCCAGGAGAUGCUCGCCUGCUACCUGAAGCUCAACAGCAGGCGCACCCACAAGUACAUCGUCGGCGCCUUCGCCGACCUCCUCAUGAGUCUCAUGAUGGGUCGCCGAAAAACGGCCGCCUCCGGUGGGUAUGAGGUUCUCCGGUGAGUUCGGUCUUCCCGAGUUUUUUCGAUUCAACUAUGCUUCUCAUUUUGUAUUUUUCUUCAGUUUUGGGAUCUUGGUUGUUUUUUUCCUUUUCUUUCUCGGGUUUUUCUAUGGUGUAUAAUAUGAUACUUACAUUAUGUGCAUAAUGGUCUGUACAAAUUACGAUCUUCUGUUUUUGGGAUUUCUCUAAUUCCUUGUUUGUUUUCGCUUGGGGUUUGGAUUUUUGUGUUUUGUGCAAUGUAAACGAUAUCUUUCUAUUUUGUCAGAUAUAGAUUUUGUAUC